CCCUGCUUCCUGGAGGGCCCGCCCGGCCUCGUCCUCUGCAUCUUGCUGGAGGCCCUUGGCUCCACGGGCUCUGGCCUUGACCCAAGGGAGGUAGUUGAGGUCCUGGAGCAGUUCCUGCAGGAGGGCCGGGUGUCAGCGUUGCUGUGGGAGGUCUGUCAUCAGCAGGCACAGGCGGGCUGCCUGGAGCUGCAGGACUCCCUGCUCAACAAGAUCGUGUGUUUGCCCGAGCAUGUGAGCAAUAAACUCCAGGGGGAAAACCCACCAGUGUUCUUCCCACAGAACUACUUCCCUCUUCUGGGUGAUGCAGUUCUCCAGGUGCUAGAGAAGAUCUCUGACUCUCUGCGGGGUGGCUUGGACUGCUCCAUCUCUUUUGUUUCUCAUGUCCUGGGGAAGGUGUGCGUUCAUGGAAGGCAAAAGGAGAUUCUGGGAGUUUUGGUGCCCCGCCUGACAGACCUCACUAAGUCAGACUGCAUCUGGCAGAGGAUGUGCUGGCGCUUGGUGGAAUGUGUGCCAGACCGCUGGAUGGAAGCAGUGGUCCUUGGUUUUGUGCAGAGGGCACCCGGGGCAGAUGCCUUAUCCAGAUUGCUGGGGAGCCUGGUUGUGAAGAACAAGAAGGCUCAGUUUGUGGUGACACAGAAGAUGCUGCUCUUGCAGUAUGGCCACACGACGGCAGUGCUGCAGAACCUCCUUGGCUACCUGUCCCUGGACAGCCUCCGACGCCCCUUGUUGCUCAGAGUGCUGCAGGAGCUAUUGGAGACCUGGAGCAGCAGCAGUGCUGUGAAACACUCCCCAGCUGAGCAGCAGCUCUACAUUAGCAAGGCUAUCCUCAUCUGCCUCUCACAUCUGAAAGAGCCUGAAAUUGAGAGCUGCAGACAAGAGCUUCUGACAAGCAUGAUGGAAGGUGUGAAAUGCCAUUUGGACAGCAGCCUGCCACAGCUAAGGCGUCUGGGCAUGGUGGUGGCAGAGGCCAUCAGCUUGAAAAUAAACACUGAGGGGCCUGUCCUGAAGUUUGAGUAUGAAGAAGAUGAUGAAACAAGAGAAUUGAAGUCACUUCUGGUGCAGACUCCAUCAUUCUGUGUUGUCCCCAGCCUUCCAGAUGAUGACAGGAGUGAGAAAGCAGGUGCUGCACUCCCACUGGUGCUGGAGAGCAGUGAGAAAUCCCAUACAGCGGCCCCUGUGACGCCAGGUGAGGAGUCGGAUGCUGAGCUUGACAGUGAUGAUGACCUCAUCCCUUAUGACAUGUCUGAGGAUAAAGAGCUAAAAAUUAAGGCUCCUGUGUAUAUCCGAGACUGUAUUGAGGUUCUGACUGGAUCAAGACCUGAAGAUGUGGACAAAUGGGAAGCUACAGUCAAGGCCCUUGAGAGCUUGGUACGGAGGAAUCCAGCAGCAACAAGAGAGCAGGUUAGUGUGGAGCUGGCAAAAAUAUUAUUGCAUUUGGAGGAGAAGACCUGCAUUGAAGGCUUUGUGGAGAUCCGUCAAAGAGCUCAAGUAGCUGUUUUAACCACAGACCCAAUACCUGUUGCAAAGUACUUGACCUCCCAGUUCUACUCUCUGAACUACAGUCUCCGUCAGCGCAUGGACAUCCUUGAUGUUUUGGUUUUGGCAGCUCAGGAACUGUCCUGUCCCAAAUUCCUUGGGAAGACCAAGCAUUCUGGUGUCCAAAAGCCUUGUAUCCCUCUCCUUCCAGGAAGUGACAGCUCUAAGGACUGGAGAAGAAUUGUUGAUGAGAGGAUCAAAAGCAAAACUCGGAGAUUUGAUAUGGGUCAGUCUCGUGUGGAACUGGCUUCCCACCCAAACGAGUUCAAUUCUGUUGCUGGGUAUUUCUUUUUCCCAUUGAUUCAGCACUUUGACAGGCCUUUAACAACAUUUGAUCUUCUGGGGGAAGAUCACUUAGUCCUUGGAAGACUGGUCCACACUUUAGCAAUCCUGAUGUACUUGGCUGUCAACACUGUGGCAGUGACAGCAAUGGGAAAGGCACUGCUGGAGUUUGUUUGGGCGCUGCGUUUCCACACAGACUCGUACGUGCGCCAGGGCCUUUUGUCCUGUGUCUCCUCCCUGCUCCUCAGCGUCCCUAUGGAGCGGAUUCUGGCAGACAUGACAGAGGAGCUGUUGGAGACUCAGUCCUGGCUGGGAGAUGUGAUGGAGAAGGACUCUGAUGGGGACUGCAGAAGGCUGGCCCUACAGAACUUGCUGCUGAUGGAGAACCUGAAAAAGAAACUCGAAGCUGUUCCUUCCUAGCUGAAGGGUAACAAGAAAUGACCUUU